UUUUCAGUGUUAGUUCCUAAUUUUGAAGCUUCAAAGAAACAGUAUAUAAGCACCGACCAUAGAGCUGUUCAGCACCUUCUCACUGGAAGGCUAAAGCUACCAGUCGGUGCUGAAAAGAAAUUCUACAAGAGAUACUACAUCACCAUGAAACUGGUGGUUGUGUCUGCACUUCUUUGUGCAAUGCUGGCUCUGAUCACUGCUGCUGAUCCACCAGCAAAGCAGCAUGUUGAAAAGAGAACCUAUUGUACUUGCGCCAGGUAUAGCGGCUGGACUAAAUAUGGCAACCGAAACUACCGCUAUAUUAACACUCCCAUGACUUGGGCUCAGGCUCAGAGAUACUGUGAGUACAUGAAUGCAAACUUGGCAUCGGUACACAACCUCUGGGAGUACCGGAUGAUUCAGCGUGUCAUUUAUUAUGCAACUCAUACAUACAAGACUACAUGGAUUGGAGGGUCUGAUGCUCAGCAGGAGGGUUAUUGGUUUUGGAUCGAUGGAACUCGUUUCAGAUACACGUUCUGGUGUCGGGGAGAGCCUAACAACCUUCACCGCAGAGAGCACUGCAUGCACAUGAACUUUACAGGAAGCAAAUGCAUGAAUGACAUACCCUGUAACUACCGAUACCCAUUUGUCUGCGUCAGGAAGUAAUUUCGAUGAUUCCCGGUCUGGCUUGAAGGCAAAUAAUCCUCCAGAAGAAUGUGUUGCUGAUUUACAUCUUUACCUUGUUUCUUUUGCUUCAAAGCUUCAUUUCCCAGAAUGAAAUGCUCUUAUCAUCGCCAUCAUUAAAACCUUAUGCAUUGAAUCAUA